AUGACAUCUCGAGGCCCUUCCUACGGUCUAGGCGCGGCCGGCCCUCAAUUCGGCGCCUCCAGUCCCCAGAACGAUUCGAAUCCCCUUGAUGCCAUCAGGCAGCAGACGAGCAAGAUUGAGGAUUUGUUGGAUAAGAUUAGCGAGCCCAUAAAACCCUAUCUCCCCGCCAUUGGCCGCUUCCUUAUCGUCGUUACCUUCAUCGAGGACACCAUCCGCAUCUUCACACAAUGGAACGACCAGCUCAUCUACCUCCAUGAUUUCCGUCACAUUCCCAACGGCAUCACCCACCUCUUCCUCAUCGUAAACAUGAUCGCCAUGACUGUCUGUUCCACCCUCGUCAUCGCCCGCAAAUACUCCGACUACGCCGUCGCCGGCCUCAUGGGCGUCGUCGUCACCCAAGCCCUCGGCUACGGACUCAUCUUCGACCUUAACUUCUUCCUCCGCAACCUCUCCGUCAUCGGCGGCCUCAUGAUGGUCCUCUCCGACUCGUGGGUGCGCAAGACCAAGGCCUUCGCGGGCCUCCCCCAGCUCGACGAGAAGGACAGGAGGAUGUACUUCCAGCUUGCGGGUCGUGUUCUCCUCAUCUUCCUCUUUAUUGGCUUCGUCUUUUCGGGACAGUGGUCGCUUUGGAGGGUGUUUGUUUCGCUUUUGGGCGCUGUCGCUUGUAUUAUGGUCGUUGUUGGGUUCAAGGCUAAGUUUAGCGCUACGCUUUUGGUUGUUAUUCUGAGCAUCUUUAAUGUUCUUGUCAACAACUUCUGGACUUUGAGCGAGCUCCACCCCCACAAGGACUUCGCCAAGUACGACUUCUUCCAGAUCCUCUCCAUCGUCGGCGGUCUUCUCCUCCUCGUCAACAGCGGCCCCGGUCAGUUCAGCAUUGACGAGAAGAAGAAGGUAUAUUAA